GGUGGGUGUUGUGUUGAAGGGUGGUAGGGGUAGGGGUGGCGGCGUAGCAUCAGCUCGUGGCUACGCUGCAGUGCGGAGUGCGGCGCAUGACGCAAGUGCAGCUUCCUCAUUUAUUGUCAAUUGUGACAAUUGGAGGACCAGGAAAGUUUUUCUCUGCAUCCGUUGGGAUCCCCCUCUCGGGUGCAGCGGUAUUUCAGUGUUCACGAAGAGUCCGUGAUCAUCGACGCCCUCUGCGAGGAUUUCCCCUCUUAUACAUUUUGUGGUCAUAGAGUGCAUUGUUUGGUGUGUUGUUGUUUUGAAUCCCAAGAAUGACUUCAGCGCAAAGCAUCACUCUUCCGCCCGACCCAUCGGAAAGCUGGUGGCCGUAUGUAGUGGCCACAAUUGUUGCAAUCAUUUCAAUGAUUAGGGCAUACAUGGGGGGAAAGACAUAUAAAAGUGACAAAACUCUUCAAGGAAAAGUUGUCAUUGUAACUGGAGCAAAUACUGGGAUUGGAUUUGAAGUAGCAAGUGACAUGGCAUUACGAGGUGCUCAAGUUGUUAUGGCCUGCAGAAACAUUAACUCAGCACAGGCCGCUGCAGCAAAAAUUUUGAAGAUAUGCCCAGCAGCCCUCCUUGAUGUGCAGGAAUUAGAUCUGGCAUCAUUACAGUCUGUUGUUGACUUUGUGCAAAAAUUGACACACAGCAAUGUUAACAUUCUUAUACUAAAUGCUGGGGUUGUGUUUCACCCAUUUGCCCUGACUGAAGAUGGAUUUGAAACACAUUUUCAAGUCAACUAUUUAGGACAUUUUCUUUUAACUCGGCUUCUUGUUUCAAGAAUGUGCACAACUCCCGGAGCACGAGUUAUUUCUAUGACAUCUCAAUCUCAUUUUGCUGCAGACAUUUGUUUGCAUGAUUUAAAUCUUCAGAUAAAUUACUCUGCAAGGAGGGCAUAUGGUCAAAGCAAACUUGCUCUCUUGCUCAUGACUCGUUAUUUGGGCUUGAUGCUUCAAGAUACAAAUGUCAACUUCUUGGCUGUAAACCCGGGUCUUGUCAGGGGAACAAAACAUGUUUCAAGUUCGCCUGUUCUUAGAGAAUCAUUAUUGAUUGGAUUAGCCAUGCGUCCUCUCAUGUGGAUGUUUAUGAAAUCACCAAAGCAAGGAAGUCAGUCAGUGAUCUAUGCAGCCCUUGACCCUGAACUGGAAGAAAUUCGAGGCGCUUACAUUUGUGACUGUGAUGUAAGUGAACCAUCCUCCUUGGCUACAGAUAAAAAACUUGCAGCUGAUCUCUUUGAACGGUCUUUGAGCUUAGUAGCUGCAAAAGCAAUGGCAGCAGGGCUAUCUCAGGUCUGGAAAACAGAAAAUAAUGGACUGUAGGUAAAUAGUGUGACCACCAGAUCUCAUAAAAUAAAAAUAUGUAUAUGAGCGUUUUUGUGCUCAAUAUUCUGUACACUCUAAUUUCGUGUGAUCUAACUUAUUUUUAAAUACCCAGGUAGCAGAUAUUUCAAGUUUUAAAAUGCGUCUGGAAUGUUUAUCCGCUACUCUGCUUGCAAUUUACUACCGUACUUGGGUGAACUUUCCAUUCAUUUUUUAAAGAGCUUUAUACGCAUAUAUUUAUAAAUUUAUACUCUUAGGGUACAGCAAUAGUUUGAAUCCAAUUAUUUUGCUCUGUAUCACAUUCCAUGUACCACAUUUCUUUGACACAGAAAUAUUUUUAUAUCAGUGAUUUAAAGAAAAUUAGAGUGGUUGAAAUAAUUUUAAAGAAACUGGAAGGCCUAUUUCUCCUUUUAAUUACAAUUCUAGUCUUUACCCAGGGUGUUACAAAUUUUUAAUUUAUCUAAUUUUUUGCAAUCAUUUUCUAUCUUUCAAUAUGCUCAGUAUUUAAUAAGGUUACCAAAGACAAUGAAGAGGUCCCACAUUGUUUGGAAAAGAUUUUAUACAAAAUAUAUAUUGCCAUUAUUUUGUACUGUAUUUAUUACAUUAUUUAAAAAAAAUUCUAGCUUAGAGAUAGAUGAUGCAAAGAAUUUGAGGUCUCCUUGGAAUAUUUCCAUUAUUAGAAGAGUAGAGGUUUGCAAAUAGUGUAUGUGAAGUUGCCAACAGCGUGUUUGUGCCAUUCAGAAGACUAGCAUUUUGGAUGCAAAUUAAUGACCACCAUCAUGAGCCGCCAUACGUGGGUGUGUCAAUAAAAAUUCUUGUGUUGUAUAUGUUUUUCGGUGUUGUACUGACUUAAACAAACUGACAAUGAGCCGCAAGUGUGUUCGUGUUAACUUAUGAUUGAUGUUUUAGUAUUCAGCUGUAAUGAGUUGAGGUUGAGGUGCCUAGGAGGUGCAUGAGUAAGAUGAGACCUGUGAUGUAUUUUCAGCACCCUCUAAUUGCUUCCAUCUUUUCUAUUGCACUAAUGUGCACUACUUUUAUACUUUUAGCCCCUUAUGACAAGAGAGUUGUUGUAUUGUCAAUGCCAAAGUUUCCAUUAAACAAGUUUUCAAAUUACAAA